GACCUGCAGCAGCAGCAGCAGCAGCGAGAGAGAGAGAAGGGGAAGGGGGGCAGGAGAGAGAGGGAAGGAAGGUCACCGCAGGUCAGCACCUACCCGACAGCUUCAGCCUCUGCUCUCGGCAACACGCUCGCUCCCUGACACCUUGGAAAAAGAAAAAAAAAGACGCUGCUACCUGCAACCCGUCACCAAGUAAACUAAGCUUAAAAAAAUAUAUAUCCGUUUAAAGGUAGUAGGAGCCACAGCGGCCGAAGCUGAUCCCCGGGUAGCAUGAACACCAUGAAUCAGAUAGACACAAACAUGCAGUACACCUACAACUAUGAAGAAGAUGAGUACAUGACCCAGGAAGAAGAAUGGGACAGGGACCUGCUCCUGGACCCGGCAUGGGAGAAACAGCAAAGGAAGACGUUUACAGCCUGGUGCAAUUCCCACCUCAGGAAAGCAGGCACACAGAUUGAGAACAUUGAGGAGGACUUCAGAAACGGCCUCAAACUGAUGCUCCUCUUGGAAGUUAUCUCAGGGGAAAGACUACCGAAACCAGACAGAGGGAAGAUGCGCUUCCAUAAAAUUGCUAAUGUCAACAAAGCUCUGGAUUAUAUCGCCAGCAAAGGAGUGAAACUUGUGUCAAUUGGUGCGGAAGAAAUUGUUGAUGGCAACGUGAAAAUGACGCUGGGUAUGAUCUGGACUAUCAUCCUUCGCUUUGCUAUUCAAGAUAUUUCAGUGGAAGAGACCUCUGCCAAAGAAGGGCUGCUGCUGUGGUGUCAAAGAAAAACUGCUCCUUACAGAAAUGUGAACAUUCAGAACUUCCAUCUUAGCUGGAAAGAUGGCCUUGGAUUAUGUGCACUUAUCCACAGACACCGACCUGAUCUUAUUGACUACUCCAAGCUAAAUAAGGAUGACCCCAUAGGAAAUAUCAACCUUGCCAUGGAAAUUGCUGAAAAGCAUUUGGAUAUCCCUAAGAUGUUGGAUGCAGAAGAUAUUGUGAACACUCCCAAACCUGAUGAGAGAGCUAUCAUGACAUAUGUGUCCUGCUUCUACCAUGCUUUUGCUGGAGCAGAGCAGGCUGAGACUGCAGCUAACCGGAUCUGUAAGGUGCUUGCUGUGAAUCAGGAAAAUGAGAGGUUGAUGGAGGAGUAUGAGAGACUAGCAAGUGAGCUUUUAGAAUGGAUUCGCCGGACAAUUCCUUGGCUGGAAAACAGGACCCCAGAAAAAACAAUGCAGGCUAUGCAGAAGAAAUUAGAGGAUUUCCGGGACUACCGCCGCAAACACAAACCUCCCAAAGUCCAAGAGAAAUGUCAACUGGAGAUCAAUUUCAACACCCUGCAGACAAAACUGAGAAUCAGCAAUCGGCCAGCUUUCAUGCCAUCAGAGGGAAAAAUGGUUUCAGAUAUUGCCGGCGCUUGGCAGAGACUUGAACAAGCUGAGAAAGGCUAUGAAGAGUGGCUGCUGAAUGAAAUACGAAGACUGGAGAGACUUGAACAUUUGGCUGAGAAAUUCAGGCAGAAGGCUUCCACUCAUGAACAGUGGGCAUAUGGCAAAGAGCAGAUCUUGCUUCAGAAGGAUUAUGAAUCUGCUUCUCUGACAGAAGUCCGCGCCAUGUUAAGGAAACAUGAAGCUUUUGAGAGUGAUUUGGCUGCUCACCAGGACAGGGUGGAACAGAUCGCUGCCAUUGCGCAGGAGCUGAAUGAACUGGACUACCAUGACGCUGCAAGUGUCAAUGAUAGAUGCCAAAAGAUAUGUGACCAAUGGGACAGCCUGGGAACACUUACUCAGAAAAGGAGAGAGGCACUGGAGAGGACAGAGAAAUUGCUCGAAACAAUUGAUCAGCUUCACCUGGAGUUUGCCAAAAGAGCUGCUCCUUUCAACAACUGGAUGGAAGGUGCUAUGGAAGACCUACAGGACAUGUUUAUUGUUCAUAGCAUAGAGGAAAUUCAGAGUUUAAUCUCUGCACAUGAUCAAUUUAAAGCUACUUUGCCAGAGGCAGAUGGUGAAAGACAGGCCAUACUGUCAAUCCAGAAUGAAGUUGAAAAAGUUAUUCAGAGUUACAGCAUGAGAAUAAGCGCAAGCAAUCCUUACAGCACUGUUACUGUGGAAGAGAUUCGUAGCAAGUGGGAAAAGGUGAAGCAGCUGGUGCCUCAGAGGGAUCAAUCCUUGCAGGAGGAGCUAGCCCGCCAGCAUGCCAACGAGCGCUUGCGUCGCCAGUUUGCUGCUCAGGCCAAUGUCAUUGGGCCAUGGAUCCAGACCAAGAUGGAGGAAAUUGCCCGCAGCUCCAUUGAAAUGACAGGGCCUUUGGAGGACCAGAUGAAUCAGCUGAAGCAAUAUGAGCACAAUAUCAUUAAUUAUAAACACAACAUUGACAAACUGGAAGGAGAUCAUCAGCUUAUACAAGAAGCCCUGGUGUUUGACAACAAGCACACCAACUAUACUAUGGAGCACAUCCGUGUUGGAUGGGAGCUCCUACUUACCACCAUUGCUCGAACUAUCAAUGAGGUUGAGACUCAGAUCCUCACAAGAGAUGCCAAGGGUAUCACCCAGGAACAAAUGAAUGACUUCAGAGCAUCAUUCAAUCAUUUUGACAGGAGGAAGAAUGGAUUGAUGGACCAUGAUGAUUUCAGAGCUUGCUUAAUUUCAAUGGGUUAUGAUUUGGGUGAAGCUGAGUUUGCCCGAAUCAUGUCUCUGGUUGACCCCAAUGGGCAAGGAACCGUCACUUUCCAGUCCUUCAUUGACUUCAUGACCAGAGAAACAGCAGACACAGACACGGCUGAGCAAGUGAUAGCUUCCUUCAGAAUCCUGGCUUCAGAUAAGCCUUAUAUCCUGGCAGAUGAGUUACGUCGAGAGCUGCCUCCUGAGCAGGCUCAGUACUGCAUCAAGAGAAUGCCUCCGUACACUGGCCCAGGUUCUGUUCCUGGGGCUCUGGAUUACACCUCGUUUUCAUCAGCACUGUAUGGAGAGAGCGACCUCUGAUUCUGUAAUUGGCCGUAUUCAUGGUAGACACUAAAAAUACCCCCCUUAUUGCCCAGAUUGCUUCUCAAAAGCUUUGACAAGCUGAUUUAAAAAUGAGUUUUACAAAUACAGUAGGUACCGUCAGUGUAAAGUGCUAAUAACUAAAGUAACUAGUGUAUAUUAAAGUGUGUGGCACGCUAGAUUUCUGCAUUGUUGGUUUUAGGUUGUCUGUCCUAUACAAUGCUAGAAAAUAUAUAAAAAAAAAAUCGCAAGAUACUAACUUUGGAAAUAUCCAUUCAGAAAAUAGAAUGUAAAACAUAAGAACAUUGAAACUCACAAAAUAUUUCUGCAUUUUCAAAAUGUUUCAAUGCCAUAUGCGCUUCUUUUACAAUCUUCAUAAAACUAUGUUAGAAGUCAUGCUUUUUUCUUUUGUAGAGCAAUAUUAUUUUCUCUAAUGAUUUCUGAUUUUGUAUGCUUCUACUAGUGGAAUUUAAUAAAAUAUUAAAAUACAGAUUUUCAGGGAAGAAAUAUAUCAACCAAGUAAACUACUUAAUUACAAAAAUAAUCAGAAUGCUACGCUUUUGCCUCUUAAAGAUGGUUUUAUCUUACCACAAGAAUUUGUAAUAUAGGGGGCAAAAGCUGAUUAAAUUGCAGAUUUAGAGUUCUGUAAGCAGUACUUUUUUUUUAGGCCUUUAACUUUUACAGUUGAGGGAGUACCACUUUUAUAAUCAGAAAUAAGGAAUCUAAUUUCAUGUGAGCUGUUUUGUUUUGAAACCCUCUUUCUUGUCUGUGUUGGGCAGUCUUUGUUUCUCAGUACAAGAAAGCCAGUCCCUUGUAUUAGUGGGCAAUGUUCAUCUCCAUCCUGCAUAAUGCAAAAUCCCAUCUGAGCAAAUGUAGUGUGGUUGUCUUGCAGCUUUAACUGUUCAGUACUCAAAUCUCAGUUUGUCUUGACUUCUACUGGAUCGCAGGCAGUUCUGUCUGUAUUGUGUUCCUGUGUGCUAGUUGUUUACUGUUUGUUUUUUUUCCAUCUUGAGAAAUGAUAGAGAAGUAAAAGCAGUAACUUUUUUACUUGAAUCCUACUGACACUGAGGAAAUGCAAUGUAAUCAAACAAAACCAUGUACAAAUGGUGAAGUGAGCUGUGCAGCCCAGUGCUAUUAAAGCAAUGAUGUGCCUAUUAAAUAAAGUCUGCUUUUCAAAACCUUA